AUGGCAUCAACAGCAUCAAGUACCGACAAGAAACCAAAGAGAAUCGAUGGAGACUAUCAAGAGCCUGAAUAUAUAAAUAUCAUUGUUAGCGAUCCACUUAGAGUAGAUGAUUAUAUUACCUAUAAAGUGACAACUCAAACUACAUUCCCAGAGUAUUCAGAGAGAGAAUUCAGUGUCAGAAGAAGAUACAAAGAGUUUGCAAACUUGAGAGAACACUUGAAACAAAAACUAUCAGAGAAACCAAAAGCUAUUAAAUUUGGAGAAUUAUACCCACUGCCAGGAAACAAUUUAUCUUCAUUGUUUGGUCAAGGUCGUUUCGAAGCUGAUUUUAUAGAAGAAAGAAGAAAGGGACUUGAGCAAUUCCUAAACUCUGUUGCCAAUCACAAUUUCUUUAGAUUCGUAAACUAUCUUCAUCGUUUCCUUCAAGACAAAGAUGCAUCUUUCCUCUAA